AUGAGGUCACCCAUUUCCUCUUCUGUUACAGGUAUUAGAUCAUAUUCUGGAAUUAUACAGAAAGCUAAUUCAAUAGCUAAGUACUUUUUCUUAUCAACAAAUGAUACGGAAAAUAAUGUUAAUUUGUCUCCAAUUGCCUGA